GACGCGGCGGUGGCUGAAGAAGGAGAAGAAGAAGAGAAGGGAAGGGAAACGGAAACGUGAAGCGUUACAAUGGAGGCGGCGGUUUUUAUCCUGUCUCUUGUGGAUUGUUGUGCACUGAUUUUUCUCUCGGUAUACUUUAUUAUCACUCUGUCUGAUCUAGAAUGUGACUACAUUAAUGCUCGUGCUUGCUGCUCCAAGCUUAACAAAUGGGUGAUUCCUGAGAUGAUUGGGCAGUGUCUCUCAAUGAUGCUCAUGUUGGUCUCCAUGCACUGGUUCAUUUUCCUAUUGAACAUGCCCGUAGCAGCCUGGAACAUUUACAGGUAUGUGAAAAUUCCUAUGGGAAACAUGGGUGUUUUUGACCCAACUGAAAUCCACAACCGGGGUCUACUUAAAUCAUACAUGAAGGAAGCCAUGAUUAAACUAGGAUACCACCUGCUCUGCUUCUUCAUUUAUUUGUACAGCAUGAUCCUGGCUCUGAUCAAUGACUGAAACCUUCAGCAGUUCGCCCAUCUUCACCCCGGUAUUUUCUGGAUGAAACAUCCCAAAACACUUUGUUGUCAGAAUCCUGAGUUUGCAGUUUUGAUACAGUUAUAUGGUUAAUAUUUAACCAUUUAAUGCUUAACAUGUUUGAAACAGCCCAAAGAAAUGUUUGUUUUGUGAUAUAGAAAACUGCCAUAUGUUAUUCCAUUUUCAAACCUUUGUUUGGCAUCAAGGAACUUCUCACUUGCUACUUGAUGCCCUGAAAUAAGAAACUUUCACUGUACAAUUGUGUAUGUUUUUGGUGGGUUCUUUUUUUUUUAAGAGUUUAAACCAGCUAAAAGAAACACCUAAAAUGUUACUUUCAAAG